AUGAUGGCAACCGAAGAGUUACAACGUCAAACGCAAAUGCCAAUUUGCAGAUAUGAAAUUCUCGGUGGAAGUGCAACAGGUAUGCAAAUACGAUAUGCAAAAGUUGGUGACAGUGUGUAUCACAGGUGGACAUGUUUAUCCGAGACUAAAGGUCUGUACUGUAUGAGAGUUCAUACAUGCACUGUAAGUGAUGGACAAGGUGGUGAAGCAGUAGCAGUUAUUGAUAAAAAAGGGUGUUCAGUAGAUAAAUACUUAUUGCUGGAUUUGGAAUAUAUAGAUGAUCUAACAGCUGGACAAGAAUCAUAUGUUUUCAAAUUUGCCGAUCGUCCAGCACUUUAUUUCAAUUGUCAACUAGAGUUGACCACUAAAGAUCAUCAUUUGGGAUGUGCAAAUGAGCGACCAACUUGUAAAGGUCAAAUUCGAGUGGAAGCAUCAGAACAAAGUUAUGAGCAAUCUAUUGCUGCUACGGAAGAAGAAACACAAGCACCUAUCUACCAAAACAACAAUAAGGAACAAAGUUAUCCAAAUCCACUUGAUAUUGACUACAAAAGUAAUGAAUCACCGUAUCAAAGUAAUGAAGUUGUCUAUGCGCCACCACCUGGUCCACCAGCUCCUCCAACUCGAUCAUCUGAUUCAUCGCAUUUUCGAUUUUCGCCAAAAUCAGUCUACUCUAUUGAUAGUAAUUAUGAUGAUAUUUCUACGCCAUCAAAUGCAGAAGAAUACGGUCAUUUACCGCCACGAGAAACAACAGCGAUUUAUGAGGAAGGAAUUGCUUAUAAGCGAUUAAUCAGAAGGAAACGAAAUUCAACCAAUCAAUAUUUCUCAUCUAAUGCUACGACUAUAUUACGGCCAAAGUUACGUAUUGCAAAUGUUGACCUUCCUGAACAGUGCAUAACUGUAUUUGACCUCGAUGAUGAAAAUAACGGAGAAAUACAGUCAGCAAAUUUAAAUCGAUUACUCAAUCCAAUUACAACUACCAGGACAUGUUUGUCAACAGCUCGAUUGACAAUGUUAAUAGUUAUCACUGUGAUAACAUUUUCAAUCUCUGUCUUAGCAUUGAUAUUUGUUUUACGAAAGCAACGAAUAUUUUUGCAUAAUAAUUUCAUCAAAUGA